AAGUAGAGACUUUUGUGGCAUUGUCAACGUGCCACUCUGUGAGCAGCACGUCUCGUCUACUCGUCCUCUUGGCGCCCAACAAACGAGAACAUACACCACAUACAUUCUACAUCUUGCAUCAACACACACACACACACACACACACACACACACACGUCUAAGCAGGUAAUCUCCUGAAGGAUCUGAAGGAAAGGACUGAUCAGAUUUUAAAAAAGGACAGUUGUUACAGUUCUACAACAAAAAGAAGAACACUUACGCUGUGACUCGUGUUCUAUACUAAGCAUUUGUGGGAUGAGGUGAAGCAGCAGCAGGAGUGAUGAGUGCCUUGGUGGAUCGGGUGAUGCAGCUUUGCCGGAACACACGAGCUGUUGGCAGAGAUUACUGGCUCCCAAUAAAUAACAUCAUAAGGGAAAAGAGGGUGAAGGGGACGCUGGCAACACGGUGGGGAAGAUUUAAGGAUCAGAUGAGAAUCAUGACCCGGCGAGCAGACCUCACCGUCAGGAGCCUUCUGGCACGUCUCGUGGAUGGAGCGAGGGAGGGAUCAGCGCUGGAAACAGACAGUAGCAGUACGAGUCACGGGGAAAGAGAGUUCCAGGGCUACCGCCACUGGCGUCUGAAUGAGCUUCGCAGCCCAGUGGAUUACCUCGCCAAGUGCAGGAGGCAAUCAUUAGGAGAGGGAGGAGAAGAAGGACGGGAAAAAGAAACACAGACACGGUCAUCAGAGGCAGAUAAUCUCCUCCCAGAGCACUUCAGCGCCGAAGAACUGGAGCACUACUUGGUUCACGCCAUGCAAUCCACGGACUUGGACACCCAGCUCCAGAGCGUUCCGAGGGAUGACCCAUAUCGCAGCAAGACGCAGGCUGCCAUGCCCACCAACAUCAAGAAGAACAGAUACACGAAUAAUGUACCGUAUGACGACACGCGGGUGGUGCUCCAAGGGGAAGAACAGUCUGACUACAUCAACGCCAGCUACAUUGAGGGUUAUGAAGGGCCGCGGGUCUUCAUCGCCACCCAGGGACCGAAGGAAUCCAACGAGCGCACAAUCGAUGACUUCUGGAGAAUGGUGUGGCAAAACAAGUCCAACGUGAUUGUCAUGCUGGGGAACCUGGUAGAAGGAGGCAGGAGUAAAGUGAGUCAGUACUGGCCGGACUAUGGAGUGAAGCAGAAGUACGGCCAGGUGGAGGUGGAGAAGAAAUCAGUCAAACAGGACGUGAAUUGGAUCCGCAGACACUUGGUGGCCAGUCAGGGCAAUCACAGCAGAGAUGUGGUGCAGUACCAGUACAUGACGUGGCCGGACCAUGCUGUGCCAGACAGCCCGUAUGGCGCCGCUCGUAUGGUCAGGGACAUGCUGAGGUGGCUGUGGAGCGGCCCGCCCGUCAUCCACUGCAGCGCUGGCUUGGGACGCACGGGAACCUUCCUGCUGGUGCUACGAUUGCUGGAAGACAUGCAACACAACGGCUCCUUCAAGCCCCUGGACACUCUGCGCUCCAUUAGGAAGUGCCGAGCAAACCUCGUGGACAAUCAGUACCAGUACAGGUUCGCGCACUACAUUCUGUUGGAGAUGUUAUACGGCAAGAAGACGCGCCUCCCUGUUCACAAGCACUUCAACAGGGAUAUACUCUCCGACCAAUACAAGGACCUGGAUAGAGUUCCAAGCAACCUGACCUACAAGUGGGCGAGGUCACAUGACGCUAACCUAAACAGAGACAUUACCGUUCUUCCACCGGACGGGCGUCAGAUAGCCCUGGCAAAGAGCCGCAGCAAGCAGUAUGUGAACGCCGUGCGGGUGCGUGGCUCCAACCUGUGUGACACCUUCCUGGUUACCGAGCACCCGAUGACACACACUAUGGGCCGCUGCUGGCGAUUGGCACACAUGACGAGAGCCUUGGCCUGGGUCUUCCUACACCACCACUGGGACAGCAACGAGGACUACCCAUCCGUCCUGCCUCCCUACGGCAGCUGUGAGCUGGAGGGUGUCACCGUGGAGCUGACAGGCAAAGACGAAAAGAAUUUCUUCACUGAGAGGUCCAUCAGAACGGCGUCCAAAGGAGAGAGUCACAAGAUGCGGGUCUUCCAUUUCAAGAAUUGGACUCCUACCAGUGACCUGCCCUCGCCCCCCCAGUCACUCAUCUUCCUCAUGAUGCGCUUGCAGGAGAUUCGCAAGUCGUCGGAUAGCAAGGUCAUCAUGAUCAGCUGCAGUGACGGAUAUUCCGCCAGCGGGGUGUUCGUGUGCCUGAUGAGAGUGGCUGCCGAGAUUCACCUGACGCGGACCGUGGAUGUGUACAGGACAGUGCAGAGUAUGCGAUUCGACCGGCCGCAGUUUGUCACAUCUCAGGCGCAAUACAAUUACCUCAAUGAAGCUGCCAUCGUUUACUUCAAAAUGCUUCAGUUGGAGGAGCAGAAGAAGAAAAAGGAGGAGGAGAAGAAGCAGGCAAAGCGGAUAAAAGACGCUGAGACAGAAGAGUCAGAGUUGGGAGGAGCUAAAGAAAGGAAGGAAAUAGACACAAUGAAACACGGAAGCAGUUCAGUGGACGACACAUAGAAAGGUCAUUUGUCUAUCACAACGCUUCGCUCCUUCACAAGGUCAACACGUAAAUACACGCAAGGAUCAAGUUUACAAGUUUAGGAUUGAUAAACUUAUAAACAUAUGGAUAUAGGAAACAUGCACAGUACAGUAAACUCCUUGCCAAUCUUGGCCCAUAUAUUUUCCAGUAGCAAUACCCGGCAGAUCCUCACCAGGUGAAGGCUUCAGGUUCCCUUGGAUUGGUUAAACUCCCUCGAAAACUAAGCCUUAAAGCUCCACCCACUUGACCCUCCCCUCCUGGUCCAUGCCCUGUCCCUCCCCGUGACCUCAGAACGUCACCACCUCAUCUCCCCCUCCACCACCUUAUUGUGUGUGUGUGUGUGUGUGUGU